AGUGGGGUAAAUGAUGAUCUGGUGAUACAUUUGCAUUAAGGCCUGCCCGGGGUACAACCUUCUGUUCUGCCGCCAGAAUCAGACAUCGGAAAGAUACGAAUGGCAACAAGUUCAAGACAGUCAGACCUCCGCCCUGUCACGCACACUCGCAUCGGUAUAUGGGACCUCUAUGAGGAACGUGGAAAAGAGUUACCACGCAGCCCAGAUUCAUCAAUAUUGAAGACAAUUGUCCAAAUACGCGAUAAUAUGCCCUACGUGGUCCGCAUGUUCAAGGAAAUACUCAAUAUCAGACGAGUCCCGAUGCUUCUCUCCGCAUUCUUGGCAGUGAAAGUCUUAGACUCCCUUAUACCUGCCGUUUCCCUAUGGUACGAUGGACAAUUGCUCCAACUCGUGGAGACUGUGAUGGAGACACCCACUAUUGACACCACAGUAGUGAUUCAUGUGGCAGUAGGACGUGUUACAUGCGCAGUCGCUUCGCACCUUCUCAAACAUAUCCAAAGACGCAUGGAAAUCCCCAUAAACAUAUCCAUCAGACAAUUUUAUGCUAGACACCUAUUCCACUCGACAGCCCGUCUUGACCUACCCACCUUUACAGACUCUGCUGUCCAGCUGCAGUUCGAUUCUGUGACAAAUAGUAGGACCAUGCACACCAGCCUUGCAUGGCAAGCUGUUCACAGGUUGGCGAGCCUCACAACGAUGACCACUGGUAUGCUCUCUGAGCUUUUUGUUCUGUUCACAAUCUUGCGGAAGCAACAAAAUGGACCACUUCUUGUGAUCCUUGGCUUCUCGCAAUCUAUGUUUCGCUGGUAUAGGAAACAAUCAUGGAGGCAUAACUUUGAUAUGGGUGUUUGGGCCGCGACCACGACCAAUAAUGAUUACAUUCGCACGCAAGGCCUGAGGAUCCUCGGUUUUUCCCCUUCACACCGUAAAGAGCUCGUCGCAGGCAACCUCAGCGAAUAUAUUACUUCACAAUUUUGCGAAUCAGCCUCGCGCCUUGGCGAUGAUGCGGGCAGGUUUAGAGAAGUGUAUGAAGCUCAUUCUAUGGGGAAAUUCCCGAGCAUCACCUCCAUCCUCCGUGAAACGAUGCAUGAACUGCCUCAGAUCGCCUUCAUCCUGAGCGUCGCGCGAAGGCCAACGACGGUCCUUCUCUCUUUUGUGUCAUUCGUGCUAAUUGAACAGACAUCUAAUUCAUUCAUUUCUACACCCCUCUUGUCGUACACGGUGUCCGAUCUUGCUACAAUAUUUGCCAACGUACGCCAUUUAUAUCAGUUUAAGAACGUGCAGAACAAAGUGGUGGAUGGCACAGAACGGUUCCCCGGGAACCAGCAAUCCCUCAGUAGUGGCAUUUCUGUUGAGUUCAGGAAUGUAUCGUUCCAGUACUCUGAUGAAGAGAGGUAUGCACUCCGGGAUGUUUCAUUCAGGAUCGAGGCUAGUCAGCUUUGCGUCAUUGUCGGAGGGAAUGGCUCUGGAAAAAGUACGAUUUUGAAACUCAUCUCCCGCAUCUAUGACCCGACAGAGGGUACAAUUCUUAUCGACAACCGCGACAUCAAAACCCUCAGACUCACUGACCUCCGUGCUGCCAUGUCCAUCCUCUUCCAGGACUACACGCACUUUCCCCUCUCGAUACGUGAGAACAUUGGACUUGGCAACCCUGGCCUCGCACAAGAUGAUGACAAGAUACGCGAAGCCGCCAAGAUGGGCGGCGCACGAGACUUCAUUGAGGAGCUCCCAGACGGAUUCAAUACCUACAUUGAUCGCCCUGUAGAUGACUACUACGCGGACUACAACGAAAGCACCGCCGUUGACUACUCUAAUGUGCGUAAUAUGGGGGGUCUCCGUACUUCCACUGUUUCAGACCUCAGCGGUGGGCAAAAACAGCGGCUUGCAGUGUCACGCACAUUCAUGCGUUCCUUGGUUACCGAUACAGACUCUUCCGCCGGUAUGCUCUUAUUCGACGAACCGAGCGCCUCCUUGGACCCUACAGCUGAAAACGAUCUCUUCGAGAAUCUGCGAAAGUUGAAGGGUACCAAAACCAUGAUAUUCUCCACUCACCGGUUCGGGAACCUCACACGACAUGCGGAUCUCAUUUUAUACAUGGACGAAUCCGUCCAGGAACAAGGCACACACGAUGAACUGAUGGGGAAAGGGGGAGAGUAUGCUCGUAUCUGGAAUAUACAAGCGAAACCUUUCCUUUAAUGAGUCGGGACCAGAGAUGCAAACAUGAUUUCGAAGAAGGCACGCACGGCGAAUCAUUGUAUUUGACAUCU